AUGAUUCUCGUUACACAUCGUUUCAAAACACAUAGAAUUAUCGCGAGAGUACUAGAUGCCGCUGUUCACAGUGUCAUCGACUUGAAGAAAGCCUUCGAUGCAGUUGAAAUCGAAGCGAUCAUGGAGACCUUGUACAAUCAAGGCAUCCCUCCUCCAUACGUGAGGAUAAUUCGUGAUUUAUACAGCAACUUUACGACUAAGAUUUCCCAAGAGGAGAUAUUGUACAAUGAUGUUACAAUCGAGGUAAAGAGAGGAGUUCGCCAGGGUGACACAAUCUCACCCAAAAUAUUCAGUGCCACUCUCGAGAACGCGAUGCGAGGAUUGGAAUGGGAUAACAUCAAAUCAAUCAUCAAUAACAUAAGAUCUUCAGCUGAACCUAGAGAAGACUAUGUUUAUGAGGAGCAGACGAGCCUCAAAUGCCCCAUUCACGCUCAACGAAACGAAUAUAUACGAAUGCUCCAGCUGUGUGUAUCUAGUUCGGGAUAUCAACAUGAUGAACGACCUGACCUCCAAGCUGGGAGGAGGGAACGAGCGGCUUUGAGAGCAUACAAGAGCACCGAGGUAGCAGUGAAGAGAACUAAAAACUUCCGGCUAAGUCCUCACCUCCACGCAACUCCCUCAAUAGAGAGAUCACAACCGGCUAAGAAGAUCAAGUACGACGUACUCGGACUGACCGAGACAAGAAGACGUCACCCUCUCAACGCCGUAUAUGAAACUGGAGAAGAAUUGUUCUUAGGAACAUGCGACAGUAGAGGUGUUGGUGGAGUUGGCGUCCUCGCCAACACGAGUAUGGCAAAGAACAUCGACUCUUUCGAACAACUUACGACUCGAAUCAGACGUCUGCGGAUGAGAAGAUGUGGUCCGACACCAGCUUUGACUAUCUUCGUCGCUUACGCUCCAAUAUCAAGCUACAAAGAAGAAGAAGUCGAAGAUUUCUAUAUGGACCUGGAGAAGUUCUACCGAGAAGAUCAUGCCUUCUACAAGGUCAUAAUUGGCCAUUUCAACGCCAAAGGCAUCAUGACGACUAAGACCUCCUCUCUACACUGGACGUGGAAGUCACCCGAAGAUACCGCAAUUGACAACAUCGACGAGGAAUAUGACCGGCUCGUUGAACAUCUUCACGAUUGCGCGAAGAAGGCUGAGAGUUUUAAAACCACCAAGAGAUGCCUGUCUCUUGAAACUCUUGAGCUGAUACGCCAGCGUGGAGCCGCAGGGAACCAAGAACUCACGUCCGAGCUCGCAAGGCUUUGCAGAGAGGCGAUAAAAGAAGACCUUAAAGAGAGAAGAGCAGAAGUGCUGGCUGAAGCUGCAGAGGCGGGGAAAAGCAUCCGCUAUGCCCGUCGAGACAUCGCCAGUCGCAAGAUUAGGAUGACUGCUCUCCGGAACCCAAAGGGAACAACCAUUGCAUCGAGAAGGGGGAUGGAGAAAAUCAUCUACGACUUCUACCUUGAUCUCUUCGAGAGCCAUGUCCACUUGCCUCCUCAACAUCUGAGGGAAGACGGAUAUGUCAUUCCAGAAGUUCUCCCGUCCGAAAUACGACAUGCUAUUAUGUCGGCAAAAAAUCGUACGGCACCCGGUUCCGACAGAAUAAGAAGAGAACAACUGAAGAACCUUCCGCCACUACUCAUCAACACCCUGGCGAUGCUCUUUACACGUUACCUGUUGGAAUGCAAAGUUCCUAAACAGUGGAAGACUAGCAAGACCGUGUUGCUGUAUAAAAAGGGAGAUCCACAUGACAUCGGCAACUAUCGCCAAAUCUGCUUACUGUCCGUCAUCUACAAACUCUUUACAAGAGUGGUCCUUAAUAGGAUUGAAAAAGUCUUGGACGAAGACAGUCAUGCGAGCAAGCAGGAGUGUAAGAUGCCGCUCUGUCUCACCUUCAUCGAUUUGAAGAAGGCCUUCGACUCAGUUGAGACGGAAGCGGUCGUGGAAGCCUUGGACAACCAAGGUGUCCCUGCUCAGUACAUAAAGGGACUUCGAGAGUUGUACAGUAACUUCACGACAAGAAUUUCGCCAUUCUACAAGAAUAUCAUCAUUUACGUGAAGAGAGGGGACCAACAGGUGAAGGUAGAUGGUCGACAGCUACACCGCUUUGCUGAUGACAUCGUACUGAUAACACCUAGCAUCAGCCAAGCGGAACUAAUGCUGACCGAAAUCGACGAAACAUGUGGAUGCAUCGGUCUUCAGCUGAAUCUACAAAAGACAAUGUUCAUGCGGAACGGAUGGGUCUCGGAUGCCCCAUUCACGCUCAAUGGAACAAACAUAUCCAAGUGCACCCGCCACGUUUAUCUGGGGCGGGAAAUGAACAUGAUGAACAAGCUGACCCCCGAGCUGGGGAGGAGGAGACGAACGUACAAGAGCAUCGAGGAUGUAGUGAAGAAGACCAGGAACAUCCGGCUUCGUGCUCACCUCUUCAACACUUCCUGUUUUGAGCAAUGCUUCGGAAACUUGGGCAUUUCCAAUCCGCGAUCAGCGAGCCAUUCGCCGAAUUCCUCCUUCGACUUCGAUGCAAGCUCCGGCCAAGUGGCAAUCAGUAAUCUGAAAGAAGUCACGAAGAGUCAGCAACCGCCGAAACUCUCCGAAUAUUGGAUACCUGGUAGGGAGGAUAUGCCAGCGUUUGAAGUUUCCUUGAUCACCCGUUCUCUGUCGAAGGGUGAUCUUAUAAAAGCCUUGGUGCGAGCUGGUAAUGUUUUACUUGAUCAUGGUGCUGUUGUUGAGUACGUAAAGUCUUUGGGGUUCCGAGACCUCCCGUACAAAAGAGUGGCGAAACAGACACGAGAACCAAUUUAUGCAUCUAACACUUUUCUCUUCCACACCCAUAUGUCUAAUGAUGCGAGAAACGCCGCGAAAUCUAUUUUAUUACACGACCUCGACAUGGUUCACGUAGCAGUUGUACCUAUUGGCUCCGCGCAGUCACACGCUGAGUGCAAUUUAGAAGAGCUUUUGAAACCGCCAUCCUCCCGUCAAGCUGUGAAAGAGCUUCGAGAAGGUCAAAAAAUGGGUCAUUUCACUCGCCAAAUGAUCUACAAGAGAACGGAAAAAGAGUGGAAAAGUAUUCCGAAAAGUUACGCCAUUGCUCCACCUCGUCCAUAA